AAACAAAUCUCCGGCUCAUCGCGCUUCCCUGCAUUGGGUGCGCCCCAUCACGAGAACCCACCUUCACUCGAACAAGGGCCCGUGCACGCCCACCCCAUUCCCAGUUGGCCGCCACGUCGAUUGGCCACCACUCGUUGCUCUGGUUUCACCUCUGCGUCUCCUCGCCAGUACCCUUCCAAGGCCUCCAUCGGUCAGCCUGGGCCGGGCUGCACUGUGUCUGUCGUUUUGGAGAUACAGCGCGACGGUCCGGGUUGGCUGCUAAAUACGACAGCACUGCCCAAACAUGGCUUCCCUGGACUUUGACCAAAAGUUCCUCGGUCGCAUAGCAAAGCAGACAGAGGAAUCCAAUCCCUUCUUGUCCAGCGCACUCUAUCAGAUCUUGGGCCUGUCAGUGCUGCUGGCCCGAAGGCUCAUCCGCGCCAGGAAGCUCCGCAAGCUAGACACGAGCCGAGACACUCCCUCGCUUGCCGCCUACCAGCACAUCUUGUGGAUGUCUCGCGAGGGCCUGUCCAUCUUGGAGCUGUACGUCCUUCCCUAUGCCCAGGACAACCAGCAUGGCCCCGAGUGCAGAGUCUUGAGCGUCAAGCUCCGAGCCAGCUUCUAUCACAUCUUCUGCCUCUUUCACAACCAACCGCCCGUCACAGCCACAAACAUGACGAGCACCGAUCCCCGUAACCCAGGCCUGCCACCACUGUCACCCAAGAACGCCAAUGCCAACGCCCGCAAGACAGACUCUUCGGCCCUAUCUCCCCCAUCCAAGCGAACAGGUAAACAACCUGUCCUUCGUGAGCCUGUCGACUCCAUCGUGUCCGAGACCUCGUUUGUCACGAAUCCAUAUGCUGCAGGAGGCCCAGUCGGCACUCCCUCACCAGUGCCACCCAUCAACGCGCCUCCAGGUCUCAACCCGGUUCCAAUCCCACAGCCUUCGUCCUUCAUCCUCCCACCCCUGAACUUUGUGCCCCUGGCAAGUGGUUACUUUACAACUGCCACGCAAUACGCCACUUCGUUUCUCCCUGGAUCACACCCCUUGAGACUAUCCGUUGCCCUUGAACACAGUGCCUUCCUGUGGGACUGCCUUCACGACCAUGACGCAUCACGGCGCGUCGCUCGACGUGCCAUCAAGGAUGUGUACCGUGCCCAAGAAGCCAUGGAUGAUAUCGAGUUCGAGGAUGCUGCUGAACUCGUGGGCAUUCUAGGCCGCAUGAUGAAGCGCAAGAGCUGGGAAGGUACACCGCGCGUGGGAGGAAUGGCAAGCCCAGAGCCUGCUGUACAGCCCUCUCCACAAGCAAGUGGCGGCGCUCCCGAAUCUGCAACCCGAACUGCUGCUGCUGCUGCUGCUGCUUCUACACCGCGCAGUCAGCAAAACACGCGGAGAGCGGCUGACGGACCGCCUCUAGCAGAGCCCACAAUACCCGUACGGUCAUCGAGUGCUGCGCGCAGUCGAGCAAAUACGGCGAGCAAGUCUGUGCCUCGCCAAAAAGAAGGCGGCAGCCACGAAGGUACACCAAAGUCUACGGCACACCGGCGUUCAGAGGGCGGCAGCAGGGAUACCACUCCUCGUGCACCCCAAGGGGGUGCCGGCCGCUCACCUGCAACGCCAUCUACAGUCCGGACUUCUUACCAACCCGGCAGCGGUGGCUCUUCAAAAGGAACCCCCGUGGCUGGGAGCAUGACGCCCUUGACGCAAAGUGCAGCAGCAACACUUGUUUCGGAGAACAUGCGCAACUCGCCGUCCCUUCGUCGCUCACCCCCUCUUCGAUACCCACCCGACCAAUACAGUCCGCGCCUGUCACCCUCGCAAGAAACUUCACACUCGAGACAACGGAGGUGACUAGUAGAGACGGGUCGGGAAAAGCAAAGAAAGAUGGAAGUGCAAUGGACCGAGGGCGACCGUGAAGCCGACAUUGUGCUCUUGCCGUCGACUCAGCCCUCCUCGGUUUCAUCAACGCCGGUCGACUUUGCGGGUCCCGCGUACCCCGAGUACCCGAUUAAACUCCGCGUAUAACCUGUAAGGGAACGUUCCUACAGUGAAAGUACCACCUGCCACGUCCAUCCUCCCGUCCCGUCGCAGAUCUACAAGUUCAGUACUUGUCUGGACCCCCUCUUCACGAUAACACAACCCCCUUGUUCUACUCUUCGACCAAAAAUAC